AGCUUUCCGAGCGUGCUCGGAAGCCCUGCAAGGAGUUUGUGAGGACCGGCUGAGGCCUUGGCGUGGGCGUCCUGGGCCCGAGUCAGAGAUUUAAAAAUGGACAAUGCUGACCUUCAUUUCACGGACUUUAAAGAAAUUGUUGAAAACCUGAUCAUAACAGAUGAUUCACAUAAUAUACCUGAGUCAAUUGAUAGACUCUUCAUGGACAUAGCAAAUAUCAACAGGGAGUCUGUGUCUGAUAUACAGGAUGUUCAGAUUGAAGACAUAGCAGUAAACUUGUGGAACUGGGGAAUUGCCAAGAGAGUAGAUUUGGUUAUAAGUGAAGAGCAGACUGCUAAAUUGCAUCAUGUUGCUUGUAAGUUGGUGUGUAUGUGUGACGCCUCAGUUGCUUCAGAAGAAACUAUUCGAAGACAGAUUUUGAUGAAUAUGAAAACAGGAAAAGAAUGGGUGGAUGCUGGAAAUGCUCUGAAUGCUGAUGAAUUUUUUCAAGCUGCCAUGGCUGGUCUGGAGCAAUUAUAUGUCAAAUUAAUGCAGAGGAGCUAUAACAAGGCCCACUUAAUUAUACAAAAAAUUACCAUUGAGAAGGACCUCUUCAAAGUGCUGUCUUACCAAGCAGAAUCAGCAGUGGCUCAAGGGGACUUUCAAAGAGCAUCCAUAUGUGCAUUGCAUUGCAAAGAUAUGUUGAUGAGGCUCCCUAAAUUGGCAGCAUAUCUCCAUAUUCUCUGUUACAGCUUUGGAGUAGAAACUUACAAGCAGAAUAAAUAUGAAGAAAGUUCUUUCUGGCUAAGCCAAAGCUAUGAUAUUGGGAAGAUGGAGAGGAAUUUUAUUGGGCCAGAAAUGCUGGCUAAAACUCUACGGUUCUUAGCCACUGUUUAUUUGGAUUGGGAUGACAGAGUAUAUUACAAGGCCCUCAACACUAUAAUUCUAGCAAACAAGGAACAUUUAAAUCCAGCUGGGCUUUUCUUAAAGAUGAGAAUCUUCUUGAAAGGCAGAGCGACUAAUGAAGAACUUCUUGAAGCUCUCAUGGAAAUACUACAUCUUGGUAUGCCUCUAGACUUCUGUCUGAACAUUGCUAAACUGCUGAUGGAUCAAGAAAGAGAAUCUGUUGGGUUGUAUUUCCUGAGGAUUAUCUGCAAACAUUUUAAGCCAUCAGAAAAUGUUGGGAAAGCUCUAUUGCUCUAUGUUGACAUGCUUUUACAAAGAAAAGAAGACCUGCUUGCCAAGGAGAAGAUUGAAGAAAUCAUUAUGGGUCACCAAACAGGAAGUCAACUGACAACAGAAUUAGUAGAUUGGUUACACAAUGUUCUGUGGAUGAAAGCUGCAGGAAGUUUUAAGGGACAAAAUUAUGCUGAUGCCCUACAGUGGUACUUUUAUUCUCUGAAGUUUUAUGAAUCUCAUCAAGCAGAUUUGGACUUGGCCAAGCUGCAGAGGAACAUGGCUUCCUGUUACCUGAAUUUGAAGCAACUUGAUGAGGCCAAAAAGGCAGUGACAGAAGCUGAACAACAGGAUCCUACAAAUAUUUUCACUCAGUUUUAUGUAUUCAAGAUCGCAAUAUUGGAGAGUGAUUCUAAUAGAGCUUUGCAGGCAAUCACUACAUUAGAAAGUAUACUCACAGAUGAAGAAACAAAAGGUAAAGGUGUGCUGACAAGUAGAGGUUCAUCUACCAUGCUCCUAUGUUUGGCUGCCCAGUUUGCUCUAGAGAAUGGACAGCAAAUUCUGGCAGGAAGAGCUUUGGAAUAUUUCGCUCAACAUUCCAAAGACUCACAAGAAGCACUUACAGCUUUAAAGUGUCUGUUUCGUCUUGUUCUUCCAACAGUUUCUCAAAUGCUGGAAUUUGAAAAUAAAAAAAAAGAAAUAGAUCGACUUUUGACAUGGAUGAAUACAGCACUCCUGAAACUUGCUCAGCUUUUUCAGGGAGAAAAUUCAACUUUGGAUUCCAGGGCUAAUGAAGCUCACUGGUUUCGAAAAAUAGCUUGGAAUUUGGCUGUGCAAUUUGACAAAGACCCAGUGAUAAUGAGAGAAUUUUUCAUGCUUUCUUAUAAGGAAGCAUGUCUACUUAUGGCAGCUGCACUUGACCUAGAGCAAGGGAGAAAAGCUUCAACAACUGCUGAACAGUUACUGAAUCGUGCACUUAAGCAGACUCAGGAAUGCAAAGGCAUCUGGAAUCUCCUGAAACAAACAGGAGACUUCUCAAAUGAUCUGUAUGAAACAUUGCUUCUAUUAUAUGAGUUUGAAGUUAAAGCUAGAAUGAAUGAUCCAUCACUGGACAGCUUCCUGGAAUCAGUGUGGGAGCUGCCUCAUUUAGAAAGUAAAACAUUUGAAACAAUUGCAUUGUUAGCAAUGGAAAUGCCUGCAUAUUACCCUUCCAUCGCUCUCAGGGCCUUGAAAAGGGCUUCAUUGCUUCACAAAAAGAAAGAAUCAAUUGAUGUUUUGAAAUACAGCAAAUGCAUGCGCAAUUUGAUCAACCUUUCAGUGCCAGAUGGGGUAUCGAGUGCAGAAUUCUGUUCCCUGAAAGACGUUUGGGGCCACUUUGAAGAUGUUCUGAGCCUUAUUAGCCACACUGAAGGCUACCCAGAAAUGGAGAUUCUCUGGCUGAUGAUCAAGUCCUGGAAUACUGGAAUCUUUAUGUAUAGCAGAAGCAAAUACGUAUCUGCUGAAAAAUGGUGUGGCCUGGCAUUGCAUUUCCUUGAACACCUUGGCUCCCUCAAGAGAAGCUAUGAAACUCAGAUGAAUGUUUUGUAUAGUGAGCUCAUGAAAGCAUUAUAUUACAAAAGGGCUCACUUUUAAAUGAAGAAUGAGAAGCUACUGGAGCAAGGUAUGUGAGUAGGCAGGUGCCCAGCAACUUAAAGCAGAUACAUCAUCCUGAAGUGCUGAAUACUUCAAUGUUUGCCAAACGUUCUCUUGAGCUUUUGUU